AUGGCUACAGUGGAGGUUUUAGUUCAUAUUGAAAUUAAAAAUAAAGACAACGGUGACGCAGUCAAAAGUGUUUAUCGUUCGAGUGCCCGCGCGAUACCAUCUUCUGUCACGUCGUCACGCGUCGAUACCGCUUUCGGCGACCGGUUGUCCGUUACCGCGCGUGAGCCGUUCGAUUACACUGCCGGCGGGGGUGGGGUGACCACGCCGCCCAAGGUCGCCAGCCGUCGGGGCGCGGAGUCGCGUGCCUCCACCCGCCCCAUGCCGCCCGGACCACUUGCGUCCCUGGAGUCGCGCAAAGCGCGCGCUCUCACCACCAUCUAUGCGCCGCGCAAGCAGAAAUCGCGCAAGAACCGCACGGCCCAGAACAGAAUGCCAGAGUGCGGUCUGCCAGUGAAGAGUGCGGCACAACCGUUCCGUCCCCUUCCCGCCAUCGGCCAGAAGACCCCGCCGAAGGCCAAGGUUAUCGUUUUCGAUUUAAAUAGGGGCGAAAACACGAUCGAGAGUCAGGCGCUGAAACUUCAAGAGGUUCUCAAGCCUCUCACACCGCUGAGCAUCCACGGAUUCAAGAGGAAGGAUUCAUCCGAAUGCUUGCGGAGUAGAGAGCACCGGCUGUUGAGGGAGAACACUUACGAUGUGAUAGAACCGAUUUAUUUGAACUCGACGAAAAGGAACGAUUCGCGGUACAUGUUGAAAUCCGGCGACGGCGCAAAUGAUCAGCUAACGAUAUCCCCGAAGUCGAGAUUCAAAAGAGCGGCUAUGCGUGUCGCCAAACUAACUUCGAUGCCAGAAACGGGUAAGCUAUUGAGCAUGAGAGAGAGGGAAAAGAUUACCAUAUCCUUUGAGGACAAUUUACCCUGCAAGCUGCAAGACUUACCCCAAAGCCCCGCGCGGAAGAUAAACAAGUUGUCCGAGAUUUUUCAAAGGCUCGACAUGAACGGUCGGCACAGAGACCAAAUGAAAAAAGAAAACAGUUGGUUU